UACGCAAGCGACCAUCUUUGAUAUACCUAAGGAAAGAAAUCAUGGCGGCGUCUGGCGGGUUGCAGUCAUCAUCUAUUUCUCGAUACCCUAGUUCUGUUCUCUUAGUUCACAGUCUGGGAACGUUAGUAAAUCAGCUUGAGAGCGAGGAUGGAAAUAAUUUCGGAAGAAUGUUGAACCGCCUACAUGUAAUGAUCAAACUACGGUUUUCUUUCAUUGUCUACCAUGUCAUGCUACCUUGCAACGGCGACUCCUUAUGAAGAGGAUCCAAGCUUGCGGGCUGGUCUAAUGAAAUCUGUGAUGCUCUCCUGGCAGAAUUGUGCUCUCAGCUAGUCUCUGUUCCCCACAGGAAGCUGUUGAUGUAGAUAUCUGUUUUUGGAUACUGGUCGAUCGUGUGGUAUUGGGGUGAGGCUGUAGACCGUCACGUUCUAGACGUUUGAUGCGGGGAAUCCUGAUCAACGGCAACGACAAGAUUGAGUUAUCUAUAGCAGAUAUGAAAUAACCCAAUAGAUUAAGUUUAACUGA